GUCAACUCAAGAUUGCUGUGUACGAGAACUUUGGGCUCCUGACCAUACACGUCAUGGCGGCCCGCAGGUUAAAAUCACGGCUCUGUAGCGUGUGCAAUCCUUAUGUCAAGAUAUCGCUGGUGCCCGACAGCGAGGAGAGGACCUUCUGCAGGACGCCGCUCGUUCGUGCCACGAACUCCCCGAUCUUCGACCAGAAGUUUAGCUUCGACUUUCUGGCCGAAGACUUGGACAAGCGCCUCCUCGUCUCCAUCUGGAGCCGCGACACUCUGAGGAAGAGGAGCGAGUUUCUGGGCUGCAUGUCCUUCAGCGUCGCCCACAUAUCCUCCAAGCGGGUUCAUGGAUGGUUCCGGCUACUGACGGAGUCGUUGGGGCGUAGGAAGCACUUCGCUGUCUCCUUCCUCAACGCCUCCCACGAGACCACUAGGACCAAGAUGGAGGAGAUGGUACUACUGGAUGACAACACCACGACGCCUGCUACUGGUGGCGUGGCGGUCGACGACAACAAACAGAUGGCAGUAGGGGCACGGCCGUCAACACAGCCGCCACGGGGCCAGACUCCCUACACCAUCACCAUCAACGUGGUGCGUGGCAGCCAAGCGUUCGGGUUCAGCGUGGCGUGGACCAAGCCCCCGAGAGUAGAGCGUGUGGAGGAAGGGCUGCCAGCCCACCAAGCCGGGCUCAAGCCCGGGGACUAUAUCAUCUUCAUCGGCCAAUAUAACGUUGUCAAGUAUGAGGAGGAAGCUGUCCUUAAGAUCAUCAGAGAGUGCGGGGACACGCUGCCCCUGGAGGUGUACCGGAGAGGGGUGUCCAAGCACCCGCGGGGCCUCGUCAACGGCUACACCUCGCUACCAGCCCCUACCGACAAUGAGGCCCACACGCGGAAGAGACUGAGCCACAUCACCUUCAACACCGAGAAGGUGACGGCGGACCGGCAGCACACCAUCUACUCCCUCAUCAACUGCGAGCAAGCCUUCAGCAACUCCUGCAGGUUCGGUCUAGAGCGGUACCUCAUCCCCCUCAAGUUCCGGUCAGACCUGGUCACCCAGACCCAGCAUGACGUCCUCUUCAACAACCUGGACCAGUUGAUGGACCUAUCAGAGACUCUGGUGGACCGUCUGAUGGGCAACGAUGAUGACAAUAUCGGGGAUCAGGUCGGAAGAGCCUACUACAUGCUGAUCGAGGAGCUGUCGGAACACUACCGCCGCUACCUUGGGGGACUGCCCGAGGCCGACAAGGUUCUCUCCCAGAAGCUCCACGACCUUGAUUUCAAGGACUUCCUCCAGGUGCCUCUGGUGCCUUGCAAGAAGCCCGACAUUACCACUUUCAUCCACAAGCCUGCUGAGGUCAGGGUCCUAGGAAGGAAAGGGGGCAUGAGGAUAAUUAGUGUGGUUGUGAUGGUGUGUUCGGAUAAUCCGUGUGGUUAUGGCAGCGUGUUCGGAUAA